ACACGACGUAGCAGUAGAAGAUCUUUCAUCAUCGAGCUCCUCCCCAGCAGAUUCAACGACGACCGAUGCUCCUGCGAUUGGACCACAGAAGCAGAAACCGAUUAAAGACGAUACGCCUGCUGAGAAGAGUGUGGCUGGGCGAAAGAAGAUGGGAGCGUCCAACGACAAGAUUGUACAAGAGAAGCCUAAAGAUGACACCGAUGAUGGAGUAGCCAAAGUUGGCAACGUCGCGGCCAAAGCAACAGCAGUCGCUGACGACACGACUGCAGAAGAAAAGGAACAUGAACGGAAAGUGGAGCUGGAACUGAACAACAUACUCAAAAAGGGACCUAUAAUAGUGUUCUCGAAAUCUUAUUGCCCAUUCAGUAAGAAGGCAAAGCACAUCCUCCUUGACCUAUACAGCAUAAACCCUCCGCCUUACGUGGUCGAGCUGGAUCAACAUGAACUUGGCCCAGGUCUUCAGCGGUCAUUGGCGCGAAGCACUGGACGUCGAACAGUACCCAACGUGCUUAUCAACGGCAAGAGCAUUGGAGGCGGCGACGAUAUUGAGGCACUACACGAAACCCACAAACUCAUCGACAAGGUGACAAGCAUGGGUGGAAAGCGCAUCAUGUCCAUCCGCGAGAAUGCACAGCCCAAAUUCGAGACGUAGGGACGAGACCAAAGCUGAGGUCAAGUUCAAAGCGUAGAAGACGUGUCGGGCGGACUACAGUUCGGUUCCGGGAAAUGUGGAUGGCAAAUUUAAGAGCAGCACCUUAUUACUACAUGACUUCAAGGCGUUUCGGAAGUACGGCUGGACAUGUGAGAUGGCAUGAUACCCCUCAGUGGUUUUAUUGGUAAUUUGAUCCGAUUCGGUCAAGAGGCUGUCGUCAUCAGGAUAUGGGAGUCAAAACAAAUCUAGAGAGGGAGUUAUUGUUUAUCAGAUGGUUUGGAUUGUCUAGACGAAUCCGACGUGGCUGUAGGAAGACCAGAGAAAAUGAAAACUAAUUCGACAUCAUUGUCUCGUGGUGGCUGAGAUCAGGACAGACUUAUUGAAGGGUUUUGCGUUC